UGGGCCGAGCUGCCGGCCGAGCGCCGCAUCUUCUGCUCCGUGCUGCUCUUCUCCUGGGCCGUCUACCUGUGGGAGGCCUUCCUGGCGCACCGGCAGAGACGAGUUUAUAGGACAACAACACAUGUACCACGGGAGUUAGGGCAGAUCAUGGAUUCRGAAACGUUUGAGAAGUCCCGUCUCUAUCAGCUGGACAAGAGUACCUUCAGCUUCUGGUCAGGCCUGUACUCCGAAGUUGAGGGCACUAUGAUUCUGCUCUGUGGAGGAAUUCCUUUUCUCUGGAAUCUCUCAGGUCAAAUCUCUGGUCGCGCUGGGUUUGGACCAGAAUACGAGAUUGUUCAGUCCCUGGUGUUCCUGCUUCUUGCAACGCUCUUCAGUGCAGUGACUGGUCUCCCAUGGAGUUUAUAUAACACCUUUGUCAUAGAAGAGAAGCAUGGCUUCAAUCAACAGACACUGGGAUUUUUUUUUAAAGAUGCCAUCAAGAAGUUUGUUGUGACUCAGUGCAUUCUGCUGCCGGUGACAUCGCUCUUGCUUUACAUUAUUAAAAUAGGAGGAGACUACUUCUUCAUCUAUGCCUGGCUCUUCACUUUGGUUGUUUCCUUGGUGCUUGUCACAAUCUAUGCAGAUUACAUUGCCCCUUUGUUUGAUAAAUUUAUUCCGCUUCCUGAAGGAGAACUCAAGCAAGAAAUUGAAGUAAUGGCAAAGAGCAUUGACUUCCCAUUGACUAAGGUGUACGUGGUUGAAGGUUCUAAGCGUUCUUCUCACAGCAAUGCUUAUUUCUAUGGAUUCUUCAAGAAUAAGAGGAUAGUGCUUUUUGAUACCCUCUUAGAAGAUUAUUCUGCUUUGAACAAAGAGCCAGCAGAAGGAGCUGAUGGUGAGAAUGAAGAGACAAAGUCUAAAACCAAAAAUAAGAAACAAGGAUGCAAAAAUGAAGAAGUUCUAGCUGUACUUGGCCAUGAAUUGGGUCAUUGGAAACUAGGUCACACUAUCAAAAACAUUAUCAUCAGCCAGAUGAAUUCCUUCCUCUGCUUCUUCCUGUUUGCUGUGUUAAUUGGACGGAAAGAGCUCUUUGCUGCAUUUGGUUUUUAUGAGACCCAGCCUACGCUCAUAGGCUUGAUGAUUAUUUUCCAGUUCAUUUUUUCACCUUACAAUGAGGUUCUCUCAUUUUGCUUGACUGUGCUAAGCCGGCGAUUUGAGUUUCAAGCAGAUGCAUUUGCCAAGGAGCUCGGGAAGGCUAAAGACCUGUAUUCUGCUUUGAUCAAACUGAACAAAGAUAAUUUAGGAUUCCCUGUUUCUGACUGGAUCUUCUCCAUGUGGCAUUACUCCCAUCCGCCCCUUUUAGAAAGACUUCAGGCCUUGAAAGAUACAAAGCAAGAGUGACAGGAGCCAUUGUGGCUCAGAGACGGUGCUUCCAUCUCAGAAGCAAACUUCAGAGCUGCUUUUGAGAUUGCUUUUUAAAAGGAUAAUUCCAACUGAGUGAAGUGUUAGCAGGACCAYCUGGUCUGAGAAUCCUGAAAUAAGUAUUAACAGACAUUAUUUUCUUUUAACAAAAAAACACAAAACCAUGGGACUUAAUUAAGAGAAAGUACUGUAUAAAGAUUUGUUUUGCAUUUGGCUUUUAUCUUCAUAUUGUAGUAUAGUCUUUGAGGGGGGGGGGAAAAAAUAGAGACUCCCGAGCAGGUAUUUUUUCAGUUUGCGUAUGCCUUGAACGUUGCUUUUGAUUCUCUUCCCAUUCUCAAUGUUCUGCAAACAAGCAGAACCUUCCUUUGCCAAUCUCAAACCUCAUUCAUAGUGAAGAGGGUUUGGGUGACUUGGCUUCUCGUGUGAUAUUUGUAGUAGCCGAUCACUGUGUUUAAAAAAAAGAAAGCAAGCAAGUACUCUCCUUUCUCCUGAAUUCAGAUUCGUGUCUGUCAUAACUGAAAACUCUGCUUAAUAAAACCACUUUCUCUGAAAUGUGGGAAUAAAGUUGAAUUUCAGCUUUAUGUCGUGAGGAAAUGUACCAUCAUUUCCUAGCAAAUGAGCAUUAUCAGCAUUUUGCAGCGUUAUAAGGGGAUUGGGCUGCUGCUUUGUGCUCCUGGAGGAAUGAAAUGAGGUUACGGAGUUGGGGCCCACGUGUUAGAGAAAGUUGCUCAUUCACUUUUGUCCACCAGCCGAAUGGUUGGCAAGUUUUCCGCCCCUCAGUUCCUCUUUCUUUCUUCUUUUGCACAAAUUCUUCAUGUCGGUAGACGGAAGCAGCGGCUCCAGCUGUAUCGGAGCAAAGUGUUCAUGCUAGGAACGCAAGCAGGAGUGGUGGGAGCUGGGCCUGGGACUCCAGCACAAAGGAGUUGAUGGGGGAGCAGUUAGAGGCUGUUCCUCACCUCUGAUAUAACCUCCCCUGAGACAGCGUGUUCAGAUCUCAGAGGGUUAGGAAGGACAAUGUGGGUAGUGGAGGAGCGGCUUGUAUCGUAGAAGGUGAAAUUAAAUUUGCUUCUGUUCAGAGAAAGACAGAAGUUCAAUAUUUGUGUGUGCUGYACACACAUAUGCAUUGGACCAGACUGAAUGCAAAUACUUCAUAUAAAAAGAUUCGCUAUCUGUGGUAAAUUUAAAACCUUCUCAUCAGCUCUAUGCAAAAAGAUAACAGAAUCAAAGCUAAUUCUGAUUCUCAGAGACUUUGUUAACUAAAAUUUGCUUUUCUGGCUACCUGAAAUGGGGAAAAAUGCCUUAACAAGUAUUGGGCAUGAUGUGUCUUGGGCGCAACAAGAUGUUGCUGGAAACCCUCUGUAUGCCUUAUUUUGAUGGUGUUUAUAUGCUAACA